UGAAAUAAAAGAACCCACAGAUCACAGAAGGGAAACCUCCAAAAACCCAAAUACCGAAUCGAAGCUCAGAGAGAGAGAGGGAGACAACAAGAAACACAACAAGAAGACCUGUACGAGGAGGACAAGGAGGAAGAAGGACAAAUGGGUAGGAAGAAAAAGAGGGUUUCGUCGAAGGUUUGGUGCUACUACUGUGAUAGAGAAUUUGACGAUGAGAAGAUACUGGUGCAGCACCAGAAAGCCAAGCACUUUAAGUGCCAUGUCUGCCACAAGAAGCUAUCUACCGCUGGUGGCAUGGCCAUUCAUGUCCUCCAGGUCCACAAAGAGAGCGUCACCAAAGUUCCCAAUGCAAAGACUGGAAGAGAGUCAACGGAUAUUGAAAUAUAUGGGAUGCAAGGAAUCCCACCUGAUGUCUUGGCUGCACAUUAUGGAGAGGAAGAUGAGGACGCUCCAUCAAAAGUAGCUAAAGUGGACAUCCCGUCAACCCAGUUUGUUGGUGGUAUGGUGCCAGGUUCGAUGGGGAUUGGAUAUCCUCCUCAACCAGCUUUGGGUGCAAUCCGGCCAAUUUACAGUCCUGCAGUUCCAAUGCCUCCAAAUGCUUGGCAACCUCGUCCCCAGCCAUGGUUUCCACAACUUCCAGCAGUCUCAAUUCCUCCUCCUUCCUCAUUGGGUUAUGUGCCGCAGCCAUUGUUUCCUGUGCAGAAUGUGAGGCCACCCCCACCAUCAUCAACCCCUGCACAUCUGACGUCACAUAUAACCCCGCCUGGACUUCCUACAUCCAUGCCUCCUGUUCCUGUAUCACAACCCCUGUUUCCUGUUGUUGGUAUAAAUAAUGUACCAACUCAAAGUUCUCCCUUUUCAGCUCCCAUGCCUUCAACUAGUAUUCUCUCAAAUUCUCCAGCUGAACUUAAAGGCUCAACAGAUGCACAUCAAGGUGGGACCUUAAUUAAUUCACACUCUUAUGCAUCUGGUCCAAAUACUGGUGGUCCAUCAAUUGGACCACCGCCUGUAAUUGCAAACAAAGCUCCUGCUCCUCAGCCAGCAGCUAAUGAGGUGUAUCUGGUUUGGGAUGAUGAGGCUAUGUCCAUGGAGGAAAGAAGAAUGUCCUUAGUGAAGUAUCAGGUGCAUGAUGAAACUAGCCAGAUGAGUUCAAUUGAUGCAGCCAUAGACAGAAGGAUUUUGGAGAGCCGGCUCGCUGGCCGGAUGGCAUUUUAGAUCAAAUAGCAGCAAUGGGCCAAUGGCAUUGUAUGCACAGUUGGAAUCUCAUGCUGGUGUAUGGACCUUGGAAUGUCAUGCUGAUGGUUUAUUUGAUGAGCAAGGCGGGUUCUUUGGUUUGUCUUGCAAGUAAAACCAGUCAUACCUUUGUGUUGUAUUCUUUGCAAGAAUGUGAGGUGGAAGGGAAAAUUAUUUUAAGUUAUGAUAUUCUUUUUUCCAUUUCCCUUUUGCUUGCUCCCAUAGAUUUUGAUGUAAACCUUUUAGGAUAUGUUCAUUUGAAGGAUUUCAUUUCAUUUCCCCAGUGAUUCAAUAGUAUUCUAGUUCUAUAUUUCAAA